ACUUCCGGUGUGUUGAUGUCAUGCUGAGGACAUAUGAAGCUAGUCGAAGCCUAACGCAGAGCCAUACUAGAUUUCGGGACUAGUGUCACUGUUAUUUACUUUCUUUUCACUAUUUCAAAGCUUUAAUCAUGAUGCAAUUCAUACUUGGCUUCACUCUGGGGAACGUGGUUGGCAUGUAUCUGGCACAGAAUUACGAGGUACCCAAUAUUUCAAAGAAAUUCGAGGCCUUUAAGAAGGACGUGGAGGCCAAGAAGAAACCCCCAGAAUGAUGGACACAAGUCACGUGUGGAAAUAUGGCAAAUUGUAAUUAACUGUAGAGGGAUAUUUAAGAACAAGAAUAUAAUCUAGUAUGUGUUAAAGUUUAAACAAAAGAGCCCUCAAGAUGCACAGUAUAUUCCUAGUGUCAAAUAGUGCCUCAAAAUCAAAAUUGUUUUGAAAGUUGAUGUGUUCUGCAUUUUGCAUUGUAUUCUCUCUCUCUCUCUCUCUCUCUCUUUUUCGAAAUCAGGGUAAAUUUGUUUACACCUGAUUUUUUUUGCUGUUACAUUUCGGAUAAUUAUUCAUUCAUAUAUUUUAAAAACUCAAUGGGAUA